UCCCACUAUGACAGAGCGUGUCCCUGAGGCACAGAACUUCCAGGCCCAGCAGAAGGCACCAGGGAGGAGGUCGGGACGUACGGAACUCCUAGGCGGGUCAGAAGGCACACAGUGAAAGGUAAAUGGGAGAUUUGGAGACUAGCUUAAUCCAUACACGAAAAACAUGUAGAAUAGAGCAAAUGGUAGCAAAAUGGCUUCAUCGCUCUCGGGACAGCGCACCCAGGGGCAGCGUGGCAGUGAUGGACAGUGCCGGGGACAGCGCAGGCCAGCCCCCCAGCCGGGCCAAAGUGACCGUCACGGUGUACAAGGACCUCGUCCUGCAGCACUACGGCUUUGAGAUCUGCCCGGGCCUCCCCCUGACCAUCGCCUCUGUCACUGCAGGGAGCACGGCCGACGGCAAGCUGCAGCCGGGGGACCAGCUCCUCAUGAUCAACUCCAGCACGGUGGACGGGCUGUCGGUGGAGCGGGCAGCCAGCCUCAUCAGGGACGCCGGUGACGAGCUGCUCCUGACGGUCCUGCGCUGCACGGCCGGCGGCCCCAAGUCGUCGUUCCUCACCGAGGAGAAGAGGGCGAGGCUGAAAACAAACCCCGUCAAAGUGCGGUUUGCGGAGGAGGUGCUGCUGAACGGACACUCGCAGGGGAGCUCCCUCCUGUUCAUGCCCAAUGUUCUCAAGGUGUACCUGGAGAACGGACAGACCAAGGCAUUCAGGUUUGAGAGGAGCACCACUGUGAAGGACAUCGUGCUGACGCUGCAGGAGAAGCUGUCCAUCCGCAGCAUCGCCCACUUCGCGCUGGUGCUGGAGGAGCAGUACAACCUGGCCAAGAUCCACCUGCUGCACGAGGAGGAGCUCAUCGCACAGGUGGUCCAGAAAAGAGACUCUCAUGACUACCGCUGCCUCUUCAGAGUGUGCUUUGUCCCCAGGGACCCCUUGGACCUCCUGCAGGAAGACCCAGUGGCCUUUGAAUAUCUGUACCUGCAGAGCUGCAGCGACGUGCUCCAGGAAAGGUUUGCUGUGGAGAUGAAGUGCAGCGUGGCGUUACGCCUGGCUGCCCUGCACAUCCAGGAGAGGAUCUACGCGUGUGCCCAGCCACAGAAGGUGUCCUUGAAAUACAUCGAGAGGGACUGGGGAAUCGAGAACUUCAUCUCACCCACCUUGCUUCGGAACAUGAGAGGGAAGGACAUCAAGAAAGCCAUCAGCUACCACCUGAAGCGGAACCAGGUGCUGCUGGACCCUCGGCAGAAGCACACGCUCACAGCAGUCCAGGUGCGCCUGAGCUACCUGCAGAUCCUGGGGGAGCUGAAGAUGUACAGUGGGAAGAUCUUCAAUGCCACCAUGAUGCUGCAGGACCGGGAGUCGUACGUGGCACUGCUGGUGGGCGCCAGGCACGGCGUCAGCCAGAUCAUCAACAGCAAGCUCAACAUCGUCACCAGCCUGGCCGAGUUCCCCAGCAUCAGCAGGGUGGAGCUCAGCGAGGAGUCCGAGCGAGUGAGCACUGUCAAGAUCUACCUGCAGGACCUGAAGGUGCUUACUCUGCUGCUGGAGUCAAACAGUGCAAAGGACCUCGUCUGCCUCAUCGCUGGUUACUACAGACUCUUUGUGGAUGCAAAUACCUCCGUAUUUACCUGGGGAGAGAAAAAACAGCAACUGCACCGUGUCUCAGCUGAGGAAGGGUAUGAAUCCCGAGCCUGCAGCGACUCCGAAGAUUCCUGGGACCUGGAUUCCUCCUCGGAGCGUCGCACGGAGAGCCCCGCGGCGUGCGGCGGUGCGGAGGGGCCGGCGGAGCCCCGCAGCCCCGGGGCGAGCAGCGCCGAGCCCCGGGCUGGCGGCGGCGACCCGCGGGACACCGGCGGUGACAACGCCACCGACAGCGCAUCCGAGGCGUCCGACUCGGCCAACACCGAGAGCCGAGGGUUCAAGACGAGCGGCUCCAGCGACUCCAUGGAUGCGCUGGAGGAAGAUGAGCUGGAAGCGUGCUCUUCCUCCGGGCCAGAGCUGCUGCACUUCUACGCGCCGACCGUGCGGGAGAUGAGCAGCUCCGACGGGAGCUUCGUGCCGCUGUGUGCCGCGGGCAGCCCCGCCGGGGCCGCGGCGGCCGGAGAAUAUUUCUGCUUCCUGCAGGCGCCGCCGGCCGAGCAGCCGGGGCCCGGGGGCGGCCCCGCGGGGCAGGGCGAGGGCGCGGCCGGGCCGUCCGAGGCGGACACGGCGGGCUGCUACAGCCCGUGCUACAGCGCAUCCCCCGCGGGCAGCGGCGCGCCUGCCCAGCAAAGGCGCAGCUCGGGGGACGGCGACCUCGUCCUGCGGCCACCCCCGGGCUUCGCGGACUCCAGCUCCGAGGAGGAGUUCUACGAUGCUGCGGACAGGCUCAGCCCUCCGGACGCGCGGGCAGGCUAUGAUACAGCAUCCUGGGAGGGCACAGAGAACUCCUCCUGCAUCCCAAAGAGGCUGAGGUGCUACAGCUUGGGAGAGAAGCCAUCGACGAGGGAGAGGCAGGGGCAGGAGAAGGAGCUGACCUACACCAAGAGCCUGAGGAAGAGAAGGUCUUUCCUGAAAACUGAUUACACCUCACAGGUCAGUUUCCCUGCAGCUCUCCCAGGCUCCCCACAGCGCUGCUGCUCCUGGCCACCCACUCAGCCCUCCACAGAGGACACAGGGAAGGACAUGGAGGUGGGGAUUCCUGCGGGCACCCGGGCCCAGGGGGACACCGCUGGCACAGACCCCUGCUCUGACCUGAUGGACACGGAGCCUGACACCACGGAGACAAAGUCGGUGAUGGAACGGCCGGUUUCCUCCGUUUCGGACGUUCAGCAUCCUGGUGACCAGUGUGGGGAGGAGGACAGCAGCCUCCAGCCACAGCACCCCCCUUUGCUGUCCCUAGAGCCCCUUCCCCGAGGUCUGAGUGCAGCUGCCCAGGAAAGCUCCCCAGGGGAGACAGAUCCGGGAUGUCUGAGCGAGGGGAGCCGUGUGCCCACUGCAGGCUGGCACACCCGGGGGCCACAGGAGCACGGGGGUGAGGUGGUGGCCACCCAGCACAAGGCCGGGGUUGUGCCCUCUGCUGUUGUCUGCCCCUCUGAGGAACUCCUGCUGCUGCCACCGGCUCCUGGCCCCAGCACGGCCCCUCCCCGGGAGCUGGCCCAGGACCGGGGGCUGCUCCCUGCGAGGGUGGAGCCUUCCCUGGCUCCCUGUCAGGAGAACAAAGCUGAUGGUCAGGGCUGUGCCGAUGGUCAGUGCCCUGCUGAUGGUCAGUGCCCUGCUGAUGGUCAGUGCCGUGCCGAUGGUCAGGGCCGUGCCAGCAGCAGCUGCGAGGGGGCCGUGUCCCGGGCCAGGAGCCGACAGGUGGUGAGUGGGGAGACCCCACGGAAGGUGCACGAGGGGCACGCGGGGUUCCCAGAGGCAGCCCAGCUCCUGGCAGAUUGCAGCAGCACCUCAGGGGUUCUCACCCGCCUCUCCUGGCUCUCGUUCGGGGUGAGGACAGACCCUGUGCCACACGGCCCUGUGCCACGCAGCCUGCAGGACAGGGUGGAUGACCCACUUGAGCCCUUGGCCUGUCUGACGACCAGCGGGUGCACGGGGGCCAAUGCUGGUGGCAGGAAGGUGCCAACAUCCCCUGCCGGAGCAGGCUCUGGCAAGGAGCUGGUGAGCAGCUCAGGGCUGGGCGCAGGGCAGCCAGGAGGUGCAGGGAACGUGGCUCAGCAGGAGCCACAGCCUGCACAGACCUCUCUUCCCAGAGCGCAGGCGGCAGGGCUGGGGAAGGACUCCUGCCUGGCCCCAUCUGCAGGGCUCUCCAUCUCCUCGGUCCCAGUUCCCCUGGGGAAAGGAGCAGGAGACCACGGGGCUGCAAAGCACUCGUUCCUCUGUUUUAAGCCCGAGGAGGGUGAGCAGACCCCUCCGCCCCCCGUCCCAGCCGGGCCCUCCCCAGCACCGCCUGGGCUGGACAGCUGUGGCUGCCACCUGCCCUACAUCAGCUGCUUCCCCCAUCCCCACAAACAGGGCGAGCGUGAAGCCAGCCCCCCCCAGUUCCCAGGGCCCCUCACCACCCCCCCAUCCAGCAGCUGCAGCCUCCCCAAGACCCCUGGGAGUGGCUUCCCAGUCCCCAGUGCCGGGGACGCGGCAGGGCAGGACCCCCACAUCCGCGUGCUCGGGCAGCUGAAGGACCAGGCGUGGAUGAGCCCUGCGGAUUUCUCACACUUCCUGGCCUACACCGUGGAGCUCCAGGAGGUUGUAGGGAAGCUCUGUGGGAACCAGGCGACCCACCUGCAUGACCAGUGUGCAGAGCAGGGUGUGGAGAGCAAGGGUGCCCUGGGCUGGGCUUCCCGGGACCUGCUGUCCAGCUGCCACGCACUCCUGAGCACGGAGCAGCCUCUCACAGAGGUGCAGUGUGCUCUGAGAGCAACGUUCGACCGCCUGGUUCAGCUGGCAGUGACCUGCUUCCAGGUGUCCCACUGCCGGCGGUGCAGGCAGCGACAGCAGGAGCUGGGGGCUGCGCUGGGGGAUGUGGUGGGCACCUACCAGCAGCUGGUGCAGGCUCUGCACCAGCAGCUCCACGGGCAGGUCUGCCCUGAGCUGGGCACCAAGCUCCUCGCCCGCCAGCACACGGCCCUAGCAGCUGCCAUCUUCUGUCUCCUGCAGCAGUUCAGGGCGUCCCCGUGGCUGUGACGGGCAGGGCGGGGGCACACGAGGGCACUGAGGGGGACAGAGCCCAGGUGUGUGCCCUCUGUCCCCCUCGGGCUCUCCCCCAGGCGAUGUUUAGCCCAGGAUGGCCGUGGCAGGAGGUGCCGUGUUGGCAGCCACGCCCCAGGUGCUCUUGGAGCACUUCGGUGCGUGUCCUGCCCAGGGCUCGUCCCCUGCCUCCCACGGUGGUCAGCCUCACGGUGUUCUCUCAGCUGCCUUUGCCACCCAUGGGGAAGAGUGUGAGCCCUUCAGCCUGCCUCUCACUCACCCUGCUCUCCAGGCAGGCUCUGGACUGAAGGCACAUCAAACCCCACCCUGGCCGAAUGUCAAGGACCCCAGGUGGCUUUCUCCACCUUGUGGCCGAGGGAACACAGUGAUCCCACGUUCAGCUGCUUUUCCUCAGCCAGAGAGGGUCGUGCCAGCCGUGCUGGCGUGUGCUGCUCCUGCGGCAGGCGCUGCUCUGCUGCCCCGGGCCGGGAGCGAGACCGCCCCGCCAGCCCGGGAGCGGCUCACGGCCGUGUCCGCAGGGGAAGGGCGAGCCCCGGCACCGUAACGCUGCGGCCAGAGCCGUGCAGGGACCGUCCCGGGCUCCCCCGGGCAGACCAGCCCUGUGCCCCUCCCGGCAGGUUCCGCUCACCCUGGCCAGGUGUGAGCCCGAGUGGUUGGGCCGUGCGAGGCAGCACUUGGAGGGAGGGCAGAGCCAGUCCCUCGCUGCUGAGGUCCAGCCCGGGGAUAUUGGGGGGUGGCUGCCUUUCCCCACGGAGCUGUGGGGCCUGCUCUGGGCAGCUGAGGGCACGGGUGGGCUCGAGUGAUGGCACCACCUCUCCAGGACUGUGCCCUGGCUCUGGGACGCUGAAGGGGAUCACCUGCACAUCCAGCUUGCCAAGAGCCCCCAGGGCACAGCGGCAGGCACUGGCCAACACCACAGGGCUCGGAGCCCCUGUCGUGGGUUAACCUCAGGUUAAGCCCUGGCUUGGGUUAAACCACAACAGCCGGGUUAAACCCCCACCUGCUCCUGCACACCCCCUGUCACACACACUGGGACACAGCCCCAGGGCUGUGAAAGGGUUCUCUGUGAGAGAGGAAUGAAAACACAUAACCAGACUUACCUCAGAUGACCUUCAGGUCCUGCUGCCACUGGCCACGAGGUUUUAGGGCUCUUUUGGCAGCAGUGGCUGAGGUAACGUAUCGGCUCAGCUGCACCAAACACCUUUCCUGCUGUGGCUGUGGCUGUGGCACUGCUCUGUGCAGGGCACAGCCAAG